AUGAGGGACGAAGAAAGUCGCCGGAAGAGAACCAGGUGCCUGGCAUGCAUAGCUUUCGGAGUCAUAGCGCAGACGAUUAUCAUCGUCCUCUUCGUGGUGAUAGUCAUGCGCGUCAAGACCCCAAAAGUCCGUCUAGAAUCCGUCGGCGUCACCACUCUCACCGCAAGCAACUCCUCCUUAAAAGCCAGUAUCGACGCGCUUGUCACAGUCAAGAACAAGAACUUCGGGCACUACAAGUUCGAGAGCGCCAAGGCGACUUUUAGCUACAAAGGGACUAAUAUAGGAGAGGGCACCAUAUCCAAGGACAAAGCCAAGGCGAAGAAGACCAAGAAGAUCAAUGUGACGGUGUCGUUGAACUCGGACAAGAUCACGGCGAGCGACAUAAGCUCCGGGAAUGUGACAUUGACGGCGUAUGCUAAGUUGGACGGUAAGGUUCAUCUUCUGAACAUUAUCAAGAAGAAGAAGUCUUCCGAGUUGAACUGCACCAUUCAUGUGGAUACUAAGGCCAAAGCGGUACAUGUUUUGAGUUGCAAGUGA